AAAAAAAAACACAGACACAAAACAUAGAAUACAUUUGUAUUAACUACUACGCGUACUACUAAUCAUAUUUAAUUAAAUUAAAUUACACAUCAAAAACAUGGGGGAUCUAAUUAUUUCAGCUAUAAUAAGGCAAUCUAGGCAACCACUUCAUCCACAGCAUCGAUUGAAGCACUCACUUCAUCCACAACAUCAAUUGAUAUUCAACACCAUUGUUGAUGUCAGGUGUGGUGUUAUUUUUCGGUGUGAUGCAUGCAAUAAGAAGGCGGAAGCCUUCAUGUAUAGUUGCACAGAAUGCAACUUUGAUUUGCACAAGGAGUGUGCUCUCCAAGUUGGUAGUUGUACGAUAACAAACGACAAUAUGAUAUGUGGUACCGGUAAUCCUACAGCAGCCGUCGACUCUUCUCUCCAAACUGUAAUAAGGCACUCACUUCAUCCACAACAUCAAUUGGAAUACUCCUCCUUAGGUGGCAAAAUCGGGUAUUAUACUUAUUGGUGCAAUGCAUGCCUAAAGAAAGACGAAGGGUUAAGGUAUUGUUGCAAGGAGUGCAACUUUGACUUGCACAAGGAGUGUGCGGCGGCUGUCCCAGUUGGUAGUAGUAGUAUGAUACUCCAAGCAUCUGCCCGCAAAGACAAUAUGACCGAAGACGACGACGACGAUGUUCCUUACCCCAAAAUAUCCAAGAGAGCAUUGAUAAAAAGAGUCAAGGAUCAACUAAUGGAAGGAGGCAAGGAUCAACUAAUGGAAGAAGUCAAGGAUAAAUUCAAGGAACUGCUUUAUGAGGAGGAUACCACUUGGGAAGUAGUUUCUAAUAUUUUGCAGAUUUUUUUUAUGUAAUCUCAAUAAUUAUGCUGUUAUGCAUGUGCAAUAACAAAAUGGAAAAAUACACUUCAUUAAUCUCAAUUUUGACCAAUAAUUUACUUUGAA